AUGGCUUCAGGCUGUCAGAGAUUCUCUCUCACCUUUCUCCAGGUCGUGGGAUCUGCCUUCUUCAUCCUUCAGAUCAUCUCUGUUCAGGCUGAUGGGAAAGUGUUUGCACUUGAGUCCAAGAACAACUCUCAGGGUCUGGAUUUAGCUGAAGCUAAGAAAGCUUGUGUUGACCUGAAUGCUCGCUUAGCAACUGCAGAAGAACUGAAAAGGGCUGUUCUGGACUGUUCUUUCACUGGCUGCUCCACGGGAUGGCUCGACGGUGGCUCUGUUGGGACAAUUAUAUGCAGAAAGACGGGCAACAAACAGCAGAGCGUGAAAGCCAUUGAUGUUAAAAUUGAAAACGACCCCUUUGUGAAUGACCACUAUGACGCUUUUUGUGUAAAGGAUGAAGACAAGCCCUGCGGGGACCCACCUUCCUUCCCCCACACCAUCCUGCAUGGCCACACUGGCUUUGAAAUGGGGGACGAGCUGCUGUAUGUUUGCGCCCAGGGGUACAUCAUGGGCAACAAGGAGACAGCAUUCACGCUGCUCUGCAAUAGCUGCGGGGAGUGGUACGGGCAGGUUCAGGCCUGUGUCAAAGAUGAAACCGAGGCACACAUUGACUAUGAAGAUAACUUUCCUGAUGACAGAUCAAUACCUAUUGUUGAGAAUGAACACGUCAAUGGCAAAGAGGAAAUUGAGCAGGAGCAAGAACAGCUUUCCUUCAGUAAAAGUUCAGAGGAAGGAAGAAUUGGAAGUACCAAAGGUGUUACUCAGGACACAGACACUCCUGAAAAAGGAAGCAGGGCACCAACUGAAUCCCCUGUGUCACUCCUAAGCCAAAAAAACUUGUUUUGGUUUCCAUCAGAGGCUUUCAGUGAGCCCGAAUCAGAGAAAGAGACAGACGAUUCCACUAAAGCACAGUUUUCUGAAGGUGAUAACCACAUUGGAGUGAAGGCACCCUAUGAUGAACCUGGUGCCAAAAUAUUUUAUGACAGUGAGGAUUUCCCCAUUGGACCCAUUCUCACAACUAAUGAUACGAAGGCAGAGAUAGAUGCAGUUGCCAUCACUGAUGAAUCAUGGUUAGAUGGCUAUCCAGUAACGCAAGAAGUGGUAGAGGAUGAUGAAGAGGAAGGGGAUAAAGUUGAUGGUUCAAUGGGAACUGAAGAUGAUGUUGUCCUCACAACUGACCAACCAAAUCAUGUUGAAGUAAGAAAAUCAGGCAGUGGUAGCCCAGCUCCAGAGAAAGGUUUAACACAGAUUGUGGCAACAACAACAAAAGCAGAUGAUGAAGGGACCAAAGAGACACCAGUGCUACUUACAUCAGUGAGUGGUCUGGAGAACUUAAGCACGAGCAGAGGUUAUGAUGAUACCGCAUGGGACCACUCAACUACAUCUCUGGAAACUGUGACUCAGGAGCCUGGUACAGCGAUGCCGUUUGACAUAACCAGCUUAAAAACAUCCAUGUCAGAAACCUCUGUGAUGGUCAGCUCCUCUGAUCACACUCCGUAUGCAGAAACAAAAGAAACAACCACCUACCCUGCACAAAUAGCAACCACUGCAGCAGCUCCAGAUAUUACUGACAUGUCAUCCCAGGAAUUAGCUGAGCAAGAAAAUCUCACCCAGGGCCUUGGAGAAAAGCCCGUCCCCACUUCUGAUCCGUGUGAGGGAGAGGAUUGUCCCAGGUCCAGUAAAGGUGCUAUCAUAGCAGCAAUUGUGAUCCUUCUCUGUUUGUUACUAGUUGCAGCUGUACUGGCUGUGUGGUUCUUCAAAAAACGGCAGGAAAAAAAUUCUGUCUAUAAACUCAAUGGAAGGUGUCAGCCCAAGCAUCAUUGCUACCACCACUACCACCACCAGCACAUCGAAAUGCAGAAAGUCUAACGAGGGGCCUUUGGGCAGAGAUGCUAGAAAUCGGAAGGAAAACAUACUGAUGCUAGAAGGAUCACAUGACUCAUGGAUGCUAAAAUCCAGCAGUGCAGAGAGCAGAAGAAAAAAAGAAU